AUGAACAAUUCCAAGAAUCUAGCUUCUACCUUGGUUAGAGAAAAGUAUGUUAAGAAUAGAACGUACCCAGCUAAUUUCAAAACAGGCUCUCACAUCUGGCAUGACAUUGGGAAAGGGUGGGAGGACUUUAAUCUGUUAACUGAAUGGUGUCUAGGAAAAGGAGAAAAUAUUCUGUUUUGGAAGGACAACUGGACGGGUAAGGGGACUCUUAGGGAAACUAUACAGGGACAUAUGACAUUGGGGGAGGAAAAUAGGAAAGUUUCUGAUGUCAUUAGCAAUUGUGCUUGGAACCUUUCCCACAUUCCAUUUAUUCUCCCUAAUCAUAUCUCCCAAGGGAUUAAUGCUAUUCCAAUCCCAGCCUUGGGAGAAGAUACUCAUGUGUGUCAAAUGGGGAAGGGAGUUUACUUUGACUCGAAAGCUACCUACUCCUACCUUUGGAAUAAAGCCCACAAACACCUUGCUAACACCCAAAACUGGAAUGUGGUUUGGAAUUCUAAUUGUGCUCCGAAGAUGAGGGUCUUCUUGUGGUUAAUUUGUUGGGGUAGAUUACCUUGUGCUAGCCACCUCGCCCAUAGGAAUAUUAUUCCCAACCCAAACUUCUCCUUCUGCCCAAACAGUGAGGAAGAUGCCACCCACAUCUUCUACAAAUGCCCUCGAGCCCUUGAGUUUUGGGAGGAAGUUGGGAUUUCCCUUCAGGAUCUUAAUGGAACCGGCAACACCCUCCUUGACUGGCUGCAUUACAACCUUACCAGAUCCGACUUGAACAACAAACUCCUUGCUCCCUGGCCUACAUUUUUUAUCUACUCUAUUUGGUGUCUUUGGAAUAGAAGAAACAGGUGGGUCUUUAGGAAAGAGUCUAAACCAGUUGAUAUUGUGUGGAAGAAAAACCUCUGGCUUGUGAAUGAAUUUAUGGCAGCCACCCCGGCUAGUAAGAUUAUUACAAGCUCUACUCUGUUGAACUUGGGUAAUUCUAAUUUUGUUGUUCAAGUGGAUGCUUCUUUUUGCCAUUCUUCCCUCUCUGUUGGGUAUGCUUCUGUGUGCAGGAAUGAUAACAAUCAAUGGGUGUCAGGCAUGGCGGGUAACACCCACUACUAG